GCAGGGUAUUAUACCAAUGAAGCCUUGUGGAGUAAGAUAUUGGGCUCUCUCAUUGUUCCAAAUUCCACUUGCUAUAGGUUUUACUGCAUGGAUCCUCUGUGGAAAAGAGCCUAUAGCGAGCCAGGGUCCAAAUAAACAGGAGGUUAACAAACUUAUUUUCCCUCUAAUGGCUCUAAUGGCUGGAGGCUUGGGUGGAGUUUUUGGAAUCGGGGGUAGAGUGCUGAUAAGCCCACUUCUUCUUCAAGUUGGGGUAGCCCCUGUGGUAACGGCAGCUACUUGUUCCUUCAUGGUUUUCUUCUCGUCCACAAUGUCUGCGUUUCAGUAUUUAUUGUUGGGCAUGGAGCAAACCAGGACCGCCCUUGUAUUCUCAGUCAUUUGUUUCGUAGCAUCGCUUCUCGGACUAGUGGUGGUGCAGAAAGCCAUAAAAGAAUUCGGGAGAGCAUCACUAAUCGUGUUCUCGGUCGGUAUCGCAAUGGCACUGAGUGCCGUUUUGAUGACUAGCUUCCGAGUUCUUGAUGUUUGGGAGGACUAUAGAUCACAGAGUUAUAUGGGAUUCAAACUACAAUGCUGAAAAUCAACUUU